AUGGAAGUCAAAAUAGACCAGCAUUUCAACACCAAGGUCUAUACCUCCGGGUCCACUAUCGCUGGCCAUGUUGCAGUCCGCGUCUUGAAGGACACUGCAUUCAACAGCCUGGACAUCGUCUUUGUCGGUAUCUCUGCCACUCGGCUUGACUUUGUCCAGCAGUACCCUUCGCAUUCUUUCAGGCCGUUCUUGAAGAUCCGCAUGCCAAUCCAGGAGUCGGACUUGCCCGGAGACCGAAUCUUUCGAGCCGGAUGCGAAUACAAGAUCCCGUUCCAUUUUGUUGUCCCCCAUCAACUCACCAUUGGGGCCUGCAAUCACACCUGCUUGUCACAAAACGUUCGGGAGCGACACUUACGACUUCCCCCAAGCCUGGGCGCUUGGGCGGCCGACGAUCAAGCUCCCGAUAUGACGCAGAUUGAGUACGCAAUUAACGCCAAGGCUAUCCAGCACGGGAACGGAACUGUCACUAAGGUGAUGGAAGCCCACCACAUCCUCAAGGUGCUUCCGGCGCAUCCUGAGGACGCGCCUCUCGAUAUCACCUUUCGGGACGAGUGGUACAAACUAUCCAAGACCAAGACCAUCCGGAAGAGCUUAUUCUCGAGCAAGACUGGUCAGUUCACUGCAAGUGCCAUUCAGCCCGGUGCUGUCAUGCUCUCAGCGGAUGGUCACAAAUCCUCCAUGACGAGCGUCCGUAUCAACUUGGAGUAUGCUCCGUCAUCCGCAGAGACGGCUCCUCCCAAGAUCAACUCGGUCACAGGCAAACUCGUGUCGACCACAUUCUUCAGCGCCGUACCGGUGGAUCAUCUACCAAACCUGGGCAGCCGGACGAACUGCGAGAGUACCCCGUGCUUGAAUUAUACGACGACUCACUCGCUCUUCACUCUACCUGUGGAAUCCGUCUCAUGGAUGCAGCAAGAGGCGUCAUCGCGUUCUCGGCGUGACUCGGGCUACUCAAGCACCGUGGUGGAUGGAGAUGCCUCCGAAUCAGAUGCGUCUGAGAGAAGAAGGCGGCAAAGCAGCAAAGGGAAAGGCUCCAAAAAGCCCAAACUCUCUACUGUUAAACACACCACCGACAUCGAAAUCCCGUUUACGGUAACCAACACCAACAAGAAGCUCUUCCUACCCAGCUUCCACUCUUGUUUGAUUUCUCGAUCUUACACACUGCAACUGAGUCUGUCUGUUGGACCGACAAACACCGCCAUCUCGCUGGCUGUGCCUCUUCAGAUCGGCGUCGAGACGGUUUACGAGCCCCAGGGCCACGAGCUUCCUAGUUUUGAGAGCGCGCUCGCUCAGGCUGAAGAGGAAGAGGCGGACGCUUACUUGCAGCCUCGUGUGAUUCACAUUCCGGAGUCUGGGCCGCGGGAGGAUAACAUGUUGCCAGGAUACAAUGAACUCAGCCGAAGGACCAUUGGCGUUGCCUGA